CAUAAAAUUUUUUCAAGUUAACUGUUUUUCAAGCUGCACCAUUGCUACAUAUCAUUACGUAGCAUCGGUGUAGUUCUUCAGUUCUUGCUGUAUGUGUACAAUACAGGCUACAAAAUUAAUAUGUUUGAUUUCGUUGUUUGUUUCGUCCUAAGCGCUCUCGAUGUUUUUACGCUGGCAUCUCCAAGUAAUCUACCGACAAAUUGGCGAGAAUUCAUCGAUCCCGAUAUCCUGGCCAAAGGCAGCGACGCUAGUCUUUACGACAGUGACCUACUGGAAGGCGACAUCACCGGACUCGAGGCUCUGGAGUUGUCACAUGGAGCGGCCAAUGCGAUUGACAAGGCUGACUCGUUUUGGCCAAACAACACCAUCCCAUAUACAUUUUCAAAGAAGCAAUUUGCAACGCUGACGCCACAAGAAAUCCGAAUUGUGCUGGAGUCUAUGGAUAUUAUCAGUCAUUUGACCGGGAACUGUAUCCAGUUCGUGGAGCGAACAGAUGAAGAGGACUACAUUAACUUUCAGAAAGGAUUGCAAUGCAUGUCAAAUAUUGGUCGAACGGGCGGUAAACAGACCGUGACUUAUGCAACCGGAUGUCUGAAGAAUCACGGAGAUGUCCAGCACGAACUGAUGCACACAAUGGGAUUUUUCCAUGAGCACUCCCGAGCUGAUCGAGAUCAGCAUGUUAUUAUUAUCUGGGAUAACAUUGAUGAGAGUGACAAAGAGCAGUUCGCCAUACACGAAUCCGGGAAUACGUACGGACUUCCGUACGACUACGAAUCGAUUAUGCAUUAUAAGUAUAACGCCUUUGCCAAGGACAGUAGUAUUCCGACUAUUGUACCGAAAGCCAAACGAGCCAAAAUCGGACAGAGCGAAAAUUUAAGCCCGUUGGAUAUCACCAGAAUUCAUCGACGUUUUCGUUGCCCGGUUGCCGCAGCUAGCACGUUCAUAGGAGGAUCAAAGAAAACUUUUAGCACCCCACAGCCACUGGAAACUGACGAUAGAACUACGACUGUUGUCACUACCAGAAAACGAAUACUAUUAUCCUCCUCAUCGGUUUUUGCGCACGCUGACGAGCCAUUUCCGACAUUUUCCCUUGCUCCGAUGCGCGCGGAUGAGUGCAAGGCCCAAAACACACAACACUGUCAACCUCCGUGGGAAUACCAAGAAUGUGCCGCAUUUAAAGGAUUGUUGAUUGUUUGCAUGUAUGGCUCACCAAGCAUCGAAGAAAUAACAGCAAUGACCACAUCCAUGUCCAAACCUCCGCUGCGACCAAUCGAGAUGCACAUGGCCGACGGACCAAUACUCACGUCGCACAAUUUUCGACUCAUACAGAAACAAGUCAUUGCUUUUGAACUAUCAAACUGCGAGAAUUCCCGAUCACUCGGACGUCUGCCGGCUCUGGGCUUCGCUAACCUGCUCGAACUGAACAUAAUAGAAUGCGAUGAUUUAGACAUUGGGAAGAAUGAUCUGAUAUCGUUUCGCAAAUUGCGCAUAUUUACUGUUAAAAGUCGGCCAUACUCCAGUUCUCCACCGAUUCGCACACUGGAAAAGGACUCCUUCAGCGAUUUACCCGAUUUGCGAGUGAUUUCUUUGGAAUAUGACUCGAGUCUUCAUAGUCAGUCUGCACUGUGAUUGUACGUUUACGUGGUACCGACAAUGGUGGCAAGAUAACACCAGACUACUGCGUGAAGCUACGGUGGGCGCGGUUUACACGUUAAGCGGAUCAUUUACGAAUUCCGUGUAUCGCAGGAAGAGCCUGUAUUUGCCGAUCGAUUGCGAAUCACCCCCAUCCAGUUGUCGGAUAUUCAUUUUGAACAGAUGGAAUAUUCGGUGAAUGUGCCGGACUGUCCCUGAUCGAUUCUCACAGGCUUUACUGUCCAAAAGGUCUUCCGACGGCAACAUAGUACUUAUAAAGUAAAGACAACAUUUUUGUGUCAGAGUAGACCGAUCAUUCUUAACUGCUUACUUAGUAGUUUAUAAAUUUUUACGUUUAAAGCGUCUUGAUUAAUCAGUGUCAGGGCAGCUACAGUGGUGUGUCAAUGAGCAGUGAGCACACUGUUGCCAAA